AUGCCGCAACACACCAACGUGCCCGAUUCGCAUGCUUACCGCUGCACGGGAUGCAAGACGGUCAAGCCGAGCGCCCAGUUCUCCAAGCCCCAGAAGCAGAGGUUCAAGAAGUCCUACAUGGGCAAUUCCAAGCUCGGCGCCGACACCUCGUCGCUCCAGAUCCUCUGCAAGGACUGCGGCCAGCUCGCCCACAACGACAUGGUCCGCCACACCUACAAAUGCGACGUUUGCAAGCGCAGCAUGCCCGCCACCGCCAGGUUCUUCGGCAACGCUUUCCGCAAGGCCAAGGCGCAGCAGCACAUUUGCCUGAAGUGCUACCACACAGGCUCCCUGGAGGACGCCUUCCACAGCGAUGUCGAUGAGGAGGACGAGAUGAUCCUCAUCGACGACGACAGCGGGACUGCUGCCUUUGAAGGCCUGCCAGAGGACCUGGAAGUCUCGGAAGACGAGAACGAAGUCGUCAUCGACCACGACGACGUAGACGCCAUCGAGGAGAGCAGGAGGGAACAGGCCGAAUACGCUGAGCUCAUCACCAAGCGCAACACGGUGAUGACCCCCGCCGACCGGGAGAGGGUGAGGGCCGCCCUGAACCGCGCAAGAGAAGAACUCGAGGGGGACUACAAACAGCGCAAGCCGAAGUUCGUGCAGGAGCUAGAGCAGCUCCGGCGCGAGGCAAGGGAGCGGGCCGAAAAGGACUCGAAACCAGAACGGGGCCAGCGCAGGGUGGAAGCCAAGGACGGCAAGGAGAAGGACGACUCCGACGAGGAGGUCGACUGGUACCUCGAGACGGGCCACACGGAGCGAUACGGCGACCCGACCGACUGCGUCGCGUGGCGCUCCAACACGAUCCGCCAGGCCUUGCGAGCCAAGGCGCCUGGCGCCGACGGCCCGGUCGGCGAAGAGGGCGAGGACGGAGAGGCGGAGGCUGAGAACAACGGCGAGGCCAACGGCGAAACCAUCAAGCAGUUCACGGACCGCCUGCUGGACCGCCAUCUCGGCUACGAUCGAAAGCCGCGACCGGACGGCAGCGUGCCGUCGGCGGCCGAGAUCCACGACCAGCACUUCGGGCUGCUGGUCGACGACGAGGUGCGCAAGGGCAAGCUGCCCUACCGGGGGCCAAAGAAGUCCACCAAGGAGCGAGAGAAGACCUGGAUAAAGGCGAUCGACCCGACGGCCGCCCAGGUGCGCAUCAAGGCCGACGAGAAGGGCCUCGCACGCGCUCGCAUCCCGCACGAUCCGCCUCCGCUGGACCAGCUGCCGUGGUACGUCGGCAUCGACAAGCUGACAAUCGGCGACGAGGCGGACGCGCCGAGCUUAGGGUCGUCGUCGAUCAUCGAGGUCGACGCCAACGGCGCGCCAAUCGGACAGGCGCAGCGGGGCUCAUUGGGCGUCAAAGUCGAAGACGGCGAGGAGGCGUGGGAGCAGGUGGGACGCAAGGGAAAGGGCAAAGGCAAGGGGGCGGCCAAGGCCAAGGCCAGGGCGAGGUGA